CUCGCAGGCAUUUAAAUUUCUCCAGCUAGUUUCUCCUUCAGCACGGUACAUACGCAGUUGUUUCUUUACGAGUUCUGUUGUCAUCGGGAAAUGCCAAAGUCAGAACCGCGGGCGGGCAUCCGCGCAAAUACCCGGAAGAUCGAGAGUCGCAGUACCGCUUCCGACCCACGAUCCAUCCAAAGACUGGAGCCCGUAAUGCGUUCUCCCCAGCAGCCUCUGCGGUCCCGUCGACGCCCAUCCACGGUACCUGGCUCUGGUUCACGAGACCCUCCUUCUGCCCCAUCGUUGGAGAACCACGAGGCAUGUUUGGCUACCGUCGAAACCCUGGAGCAGGAAUUUGAAGCGUUGGAGAGGGACAAGAAGACCCUGUCGGAGCGCCUUCGAGUCGUCGGGAGUAAGAAGCAGAAGCUGCUUUCCGAGCGACAAAAUACUCAACAAUUGGUGCUUGAAAUGCAGCAUACCGUCACGAAUUGGCACCAGCGGCUUUGGAGCCCUGCUGGUUUACCGGAAAAUGCGGACCCUGCCGCCUUGAGAACUGCUCUACCGGCAACGACAGUGGCGCCGGAUAUGUGGACUAUACAGGAGGACGGAGGGGUUUCAUUUGACAACAACCAUGACAUUGCACCCGGCUCUGAUGACUUUACGCAGCUUCUUCAAUUCUAAUUUCUCUGCCGUAGUAAUCGAUAUUCUUUCUGGGGCGAAUGCGCACACGUAUACCGAUCAAUGAUGGCGGUGCCUAUCGUGGCAAGCAAUGCAUAUUGACGCUCGCUGGAAGCGGCUUAGGAACGUCUGAUGUAUAAAAUUGCCUCCUGGGUGUGCAGAUGGACUGGGUG